AUGGAAGACAAACAACUCGGUAACCAUGGUGACGACGACGAUGGUGAUGGAGAGGAUGAAGAUGACGAUGGAGAGAAUAUUAAAGGAAGACCGGAGGAGUUCAGUGAAAUGUUUUCUAGAAUGGAGGCAUGUUCAACUGACGAUGUUGCUUCUCUAGCACAGGACAUAACAGCUUUGAGUCGGAGUGCAAAUGAUAAUGAUCUUUCAUCAUUUCGUCGGUCCAUCAUCAACUUCACUCACAACAUCAUCUCCAUUGUUUGUCACGUGACCGGGGCUGCUGAUAGGCUGAGAAUGUAUCCUGACGCUCAACAGCCUCCUCUUCCUCCUUUGCACAUUGACCAAUCCCAACUCGUGACCUCACAGCAGGCUAUCCAAUCAGCUUGCAGUACGCUUCAAAACCUUAACAAUACACAACAGCAGAUCUUGUCAUCAGCAUCGUUGAUAGCUCGCCACACGUCCGCGGUCUGCAACAUCUGUCGGCUGACUUCAACCUCCACGGAAGACCCUGUGGCCAAGAAGUUGUUGGUGCAACAUGCCAGGAAUGUUGCCAACAACACGGCCGCACUAGUCAGAGCUAUCAAGAUAUUAGAUGCUGACAAAACAGAAACGAACAUGGACAAAUGUAACAGAGAAGCAGUUCUGCUGUUGCAGUCUUUGCAGGAAUUAAUUAUCUAUGUUCAGUCGUACCAACAUGGCGGCCGUGAUGUCCUCUUAAAAGUGGGACACUCAAUGAUUGAUAAUGCUUGCAAUUUGUUUACAUCCGCCGUUAAAUUAACAUCCCCAUCCAAAGAUCAUGCAUAUUUCCAAGAUUACUCUCAAAAUUCUCACCAUCUUUCUGAAUCGAUAAAAUCAUUACUACUACUCCUGCGAGACAACAUGCCCGGAUGUAAGCAAUGCAGUGACGUCAUCAGGAGGGCGGAUAUCUGGGUCAAUAAAAUAGAUCAGGCCUGCCUAACAAUGAAUGAUGACAAACAACAACAACAACAACAUGGUGAAACGCCAUCGUCGUCGUCUUCAUCAUCACAUUUGAUGGAGGUGAUGAAUGAGUCUAUUGGAAAAAUUGUAGAACAAGUAGAGGUGGUGAUGGGAAGUGAGAGGAAGAUGAUGGAUGGAUGGAAGGAGGAAGUACUCGGUAGAUUGGUUUCGCCGUUCUCAGAUACUUUGGACGAGUUGAUCGUUUCUUCAAUAUCUUACACGAGAAGUCUGGUGAAGCACGAGACGAAAAUGCUGCUCCUGCAACAAACGAAAACUGUGGUGGAAGCUAUGCAGAACUUUUUGUCUGCUGUGAAGGAGUUAAUGGAAGCCCAUGAUGAACUGAAGGAAUCACUGGAUGAAUUGAAGGAAACCAUCGGUCAAUCUCACCAGCAACUUCUUCAUCACAUCCAAUCAUCAUCGUCAUCGUUAUCAUCACCUCUGACGCCGCACAGAGAGAUAAUAUUAAGGACGGCAAAGACGUUGGUUGAGAAUACAAAGCAUUUAGUUUCAUCUGUCGCUUGCAACAGCCAACAAGUUACUACCGGAGCUGCGGAAUCAUCCGUCCUGACAAUGACCCAACUUGCUGAGUGCGUGAAGGGGGGUGUGGCUUGUUUGGGUGGGAGGUACACCCAGCAAAAGGUUUUACUAAUCAACGCAAUUCGUGACGUAGCGGUUUCCUUGUCCAACUUAAUUGAAGUCACAAAAAAUGCUUCCAACUACAACAGCAAACAAACAAAUUCUGGUAAUGAUUGCAAAGGUGGUGCUGGUGGUGAUGAUGAUACCGCUGGUGGUGCUGAUUGUGAUGGGAAAUGUAUGGAGGCUCUUAGGAACUCUGCAAAGGUCAUGGUGAACAAUGUGACUGCCCUCUUGAAGACUGUUAAGAUGAUUGAUGCGGUGACGUCACCAUCGGCCAACCAACCAAGUGUUGUGACGUCAUCAGCUAGCCAAUCAGAUCACGUAAAACAGCAGCAGCAGCAUAAUAGUAAUAAUAAUAACAACAACAACAACGUCGGAAAUUUCCAUAAACAGCGAAAUGAAGAACUGAUUGGGGAACAAAAUGUUGGGCAAUAUGAUGGUGAUGGUGAAGAUGGCGACGACUGCUGACGAUCGUGACGAUGAUAAAUGGGGCUGAUUAAAGUGGUGGAGGUUUCAAAUUUGUCAAAGAUCAGCCAUUCAACAACGACAUUCGUCUUCCAAUGCAGCUGGUGCCUCUCGCAAACACACACACAUACACACACACACAACAACAACACACACACAUAUCUUUAUUUAUAUAUAAUAAUAUAUAUACAUGCUAUAUCAUGUUUCUUUUUACAUAUCCUUGCUUUUCAUAUGUCACCCUUUUCAAUUGAUUAUGUGUUUUUUAGCGACCUAUUUUCCAUUUGAAAAUCUUAUUUAUUUAAUUAUUUAUUCGUUAAUAUUAUUUUUCGUCAGGUUAUUUUAUUGGAUGUUAGAAUGGAUGUGAUUGAAAUAUUGUGUGAAAUAUUCAUUAUGGACGUCAUUUAAGCUAAUUCUUCGCGCCGUUACAAGUAGUUAACUCAUUUAUAAAAAGAUUUAAUAUUUAAUAUUUAAUAGAUUUAAUAUACAUACAUGUACGUGCUUACCGUAUAAAGUGCUUUGCUCUGUUAUCAACAAUGUUUGCCAUAUUAUUUUUUUGUUAUUAGUCAGACUGUCCAUUUUAUUCUGUUAACUUGCCUAACCAACUAAUGAUCUUGAAAUAUAUAUGUGUGUAUGUGUGUGUGUGCGUGUGUGUGUAUGUGUGCGUGUGUGUUGCGUCUGUCUACAUAGUCACGUAUUUAAUUAUUCCUAACAGUAUUCUCAAUGGUAUUUUAGUAUCUGUGAAAUGACUUCAAGUUGAAUUUUUGUUACCUUGAUAGAUUGCAUUGAUAUUAUUAUGGCUUUUUAUAUAGAGUUGAUUUUGAAAGAAGCUUUUUACGGGAAUUACAUUAAAUUAUAACUUCACACACACACACAAACACACACACACACACACACACACACGUACAUUGGGCAUUUAAUUUAUAAUCAUUGUUACUCAUUUCAAUUCUAAUUGACUGAAAUGUCAUUCUACACUUUUUAGUUCUUGAUGUGUUUUUCUCAAUUUUUACGUUGUAACUUAUUAUCACUGUUGGUGGUCUGAUUGAUUCCAAUGAUUAAGUGUUUGCCUGUUUGUUUGUUUGUUUGUUUGUUCAUUUAUUUGCUAUAAUGUUUAGCUGUUCUUCGUUCAACGUCAUCGUCAUCAUCAAUUAAUAAUUAAUGAGUUAAUAUAAAUUUAAACUUUUAUGAGUUUUGUAUUUUUGACAAAAUCUAGUUAUUACUUUAAUUCAGUUUCAGAUUAUUGAGAAAUUACUAUUUCUACAAACAUUUUAUUGAUUUAUUAUUCCCUCUGUUCGCUGUUUUGAUGUUUCAUUCUUUAAAUCAUCUGGUCGGUUUUUAUUUGUAGUUGUAUUUAUGAUUAAAAAUUCGAUGUUUCAAUCAUUCUUCAACCUAAACUUCAUUAUUUUCGAAGUAAAUGUAUUGCUUAAAGUUGUUCAACUUCAACAUUUAUGAAUUUGUUGAAUUUUGAUGGGUUUUUUUUUGGUAAAUUGUUUUAAUUCAAAAGAGUUUCGGGCUGGUGCGUCUCGUCUUUGGUUGAUGUUGAAAUGCAACCCCAAAUAUUUUUUCAGUGGGUUUAAAAUAAAUUUGCGUCAACUUUUA